CCCUCAUUCCGCCUCCCAAUGGGCAAUCGUCAUGCUUUCUAGAGAGAGGGAAAGGGCAGGAAAAAGCCAAAAGCGUAAAAGUCUAUAUAUAAAAGAAGAAGAAACCUUUCGCACCUCUGGUUCUACCGAGCAUUGCGGAAACUCUCCCUUCCCUCCUUUUCCUCCCCCUCGCUCUCUUUCUCUCUGUCUUUUGUUUCCUUCUUUUUCCUUUCAGUCCGAGUUGUUUCUUUCUUCUUAUUUAUUUUCUGCGUGCUUUUUUUUUAAAAACUUCCGGCGAUAGGAUGUCGUCGGGAGGUGCAAACAACUCGGCAAACGGGAGCCCGAUACAAGGGGGACCCACCACUGCAAGGAGACGCGUGGGGGAUCUUCUAGGAGCGGAGUCCGACAGCAACAAUAUAUCAUCUGGUUCGGACUAUUUCGCCCUCGCCUCUGACGAUGAGGAAGCCGACAACUCCAACGGUUACAUUCCCUCCUGUUCAUGCGGGUCCCAUUACUCGCAGCAACACCACCACCAAAACCACCCCGUGAUCAGGUACCUGCUGCUUCGAAGGAAGUUGUUGUUCUCUUGGGUGCCCGAUGCGUGGUUCAUCUGGGUUGACAACACGUGUCAUGGGGCGGUUAAUAUGGCUCAGAGUUUGAGAUCCGGCAGGAACGUGGGCCGUAAGGUCCUCGGGGUCCUGUUGUUGAUGGCGGUUGUUUCCUUUUUUUUAAAGGUCUCGCUUCUUAGUAGUCACGUCGAGGAUAACGGCAAAUUGAAAGGAGAAAAAGGACCCUUGAUCUUGCAGACGAUUAAAGAGGAUUGGUCCUUGGCACAACGCGUUGUAGCCGAGACCCACACCGAACCUGAGACCGAACACUCCAUGCCCAAACGCGUUCUUGAAAGGGUCUCUACCCCAGAAAUUUGGAUGAAACCAAACAGUGACAAUUAUCAGCAAUGUAUAUCCCGACCUAAGAAUCGAAUAAGGACUGGAUCAAAGACCAAUGGUUAUAUUAUCGUUCAUGCCAAUGGUGGACUGAAUCAAAUGAGAACAGGAAUAUGUGAUAUGGUUGCUGUUGCCAAGAUAAUGAAUGCCACCCUGGUUCUUCCUUCUCUUGACCAUGAGUCAUUCUGGACGGACCUGAGUGAUUUUAAGGACAUUUUUGACUGGAGGCACUUCAUCAAUGUACUAAAAGAUGAUAUUGAGAUUGUUGAGUAUCUACCCGUUAAGUACUCAGGGAUAAAGCCCCUUGCAAAGGCCCCUGUUUCCUGGUCAAGGGCUAGUUACUAUAGAAGAGAGGUGCUCCCACUACUAAAGCGGCAUAAGGUGAUCAAGUUCACGCACAGUGAUUCACGGCUUGCUAAUAAUGGCCUUGCACCCUCCAUUCAAAGGCUUAGGUGCCGUGCGAAUUAUGAGGCUCUCCGGUAUACAAAAGAGAUAGAGGAUCUUGGCAGGACUUUGGUUGAUAGACUAAAGAACAAUAAUGAGCCAUACAUUGCUUUACACUUAAGGUAUGAGAAGGAUAUGCUUGCAUUCACGGGCUGCAUCCAUAACCUUACGGUAGAAGAGGCUUCUGAACUCACGGUUAUGAGAUACAACGUUGAACACUGGAAGGUGAAAGAGAUAGAUGGUGUAGAACAGCGACUUAAAGGCGGAUGUCCAAUGACCCCUAGAGAGGCAGCCAUGUUCCUCAAGGCGAUGGGUUACCCUUCCAGCACCCCUAUCUACAUUGUUGCAGGAGAGAUUUAUGGCCAAAAUAGCAUGGCAGCUUUCCGUGCAGAGUAUCCAAAUGUCUUCACUCAUUCUACUUUGGCAACUGAAGAAGAGUUGGAGCUGUUGAAGCCAUAUCAGAAUCGCCUUGCUGCCUUGGAUUAUAUUGUGGCACUUGAAAGUGAUGUAUUUGUUUAUACCUAUGAUGGGAAUAUGGCUAAAGCAGUACAGGGGCACAGACGGUUUGAAGGAUUUCGAAAGACCAUCAACCCUGACAGAGUAAAUUUUGUCAGACUCAUUGAUCAGCUGGAUGGGGGUGUAAUAUCUUGGGAACAGUUUUCUUCGGAAGUAAAGAGUUUACACUCGGACAGGCUUGGAGCACCGUACCUAAGAAGGCCAGGAGAGUCACCACGACUGGAGGAGAAUUUUUAUGCAAAUCCCCUUCCUGGGUGCAUCUGUAACAGAUCUCGGGAGCAGCAAAUUAUCAGCCUGAAGUUCGACAAGAACUUGAAUUCAGUUCGAAGAUAGUGGCUUUUGUCGGUUGAAUUAUACACUGCCUUUUGCAGGAUGGCUGAUAGGGUUUCUUGAAUUAAGGUGCUUUCUCCUAUUAGGACACUUGCAGCAGCCACCAACAGGGCUGAGAUAUCAUAUGGUUUGAGAUUGCUCACGUGGUUUGAUGUCGGUUGAAUUACACAGUACCAGUUCCAGUUUUGUUAAGAGGACAUAACCAGCAACUUAGGGAAGCAGAGACGAUGUAUAAUUCUGAGGCAAAUCAGGUUAGUCAUACAGGUGCACACCCAUAUAUGUCAAAGUGGAACCACAGUAUUUGAUUUAUUCAUUAUUUUUUCAAUAAUUUGGUUGUAAAAAUCGUUUGCCAAAUUAGCCUUUUACAAAGUCAGAUGCAACAUCUGAAAUAGUACAUAAUGGAGAUUUGUUUCCCAAAUGUUCCGAGCAGAUACCAUAUCUUACUCUCAGCUUUAUUUUCUUUCUUGCAAUACAAGCACUCUAUCAAAUUACCUAUA